UUCUGACAAGGUUCGUAGGCUGAAUCCGGUAAUUCGUUUCUACAACUAAAGCGCUCACGAACCAUCACAGUCGGCUAGAGGGAGAAUACAUCUCUUUGUAAAUAUUCAGACCACACCAAAAAUACCAGUGGUCAAUAUAAGGAAUCAGGGCUUCUACCCAUUAGAUGCCGUUCAAGCACCAUAAAUCAUUAUCCCGAGCACGUGGAUUUACCGGGAAUAGAAACUGGGGUCAGUGACGCAAAUAUGACUUAGAAUACUAAGGAAGCGUGUCGGCUCCGUUUGUGUUACGAGAUGUAGCCAUCCUCAUACCAUUUAAAGGCGCCAGUAUACAUCAUAUUUCGAGACAAUGAAGCCAUUCCACAAGCAAAUUCUUGCGGUUUGUCUAAUUCAUAUCUGCUUCUAUACCCGUACCCCUUGCACUCCAGAAAAGUUUCCACAUUGCUCAAAGCAUCAUGGCAGCUCAGGGCGAAUCUUAUUUUGCGGCUUAUCCACCAAAGCCCAAGCCUUUUAUCUCGCAUGGCUUGACAUUCGAGAAAGCUUGUGCUCACCAUGCCGAGACUACGUUUCAUGCCUCACGCAUUUAUGUCGUGGUAUCCAGGACCAUCAGUAAGACCGAAGCCUUUACAGCCCUCCAGAAAGCUCUCGGCGACAAAAUCGUCGGCGUUCGCUACGGAAUUCUUCCUCAUACGCCGUGGGAGGAUGUGUUCGCCCUCGCCGACGACCUGAAUGCGAAGAACCCGGACCUCAUCAUCACUCUUGGCGCUGGGUCGAUCUCAGAUGGUGUCAAGUUAGCACGCCUCCUCGCCGCAAAUGGCGUAUCGGAAAUGCAAGGGGCCGAUGAGCUCUUCAACAAAUGCUUUGCCGACCUCUCCGACCUCACGAAGGCGCCUGCGGGCGUGAAGCCGGCCACCAUCCCAGUCAUCAACGUACCCACGUCGCUCUCAGGUGGAGAGUUCACUUCAGCCGGUGCUGCCACUAAUCUCAAGACCUUCGAGAAACGUAACCUAUGGCACGAAUCCAUGAUCGCCGAUAUCAUCGUCUUUGACCCCGCGCUAACGGUGUCCACACCCGAGCGCUUUUGGCUGUCCACCGGCGUACGUGGGGUUGACCACUGUACCGAGGGGCUAUAUGCUACCCAGCCGGGCGCGACUCCCGAGCUCCUCGCCGAGAUGGUGAAGGCGCUGCGCAUGCUGCUAGUAGGCUUACUCAAGACUAAGCAGAAGUGGGAUGACCUUGAUGCGCGCUUGCAGACACAGCUUGCGCUGAAAACGGCGACGCGGGCGUUGGAAUGCGGUAUGGGUGCUAGUCAUGGUAUCGGACACCAACUCGGACCUAUGGGCGUGGGACAUGGCGAGACGAGCUGCAUCAUGUUGCCGUUUGUCAUGAAGUACAAUUGGACCCAUGGGGAUGAGAAGGUUCGUGAUUCUCUCCGGCAGGUGGCGUCGGCGUUUUGGGAUGAGCCGGCUGUUGUUGAGGCCCUUGGCUUGAAGGAGGCGGACCGGGACACGAAGGAUCCCGGGGACCUGGUGGCUGCAUUUGUCAGUACGCUGGGCUUGCCCCGGGGUCUGAGUCAGUUCGGCAUCGGGAAUGAUAAGUUUGAGGUCUUGGCGGAGAAUUCGCUGCUGGAUCCGUGUAUUAAAGUGAACCCCGUGAAGUUAGAUAAGGAGAAGGUCAUUGAGAUAUUGAAAAUGGCGGCUUAGAUAACGGGGAUUUGUUGUGCGGAGGGUCCACCGCUGGAUUACUGAUCACAUCAAACCCAUGGGUACUGCUUAUUAGCCUGCAGAGUUUUUUCUACUCUGUGCUCGAUCCUGAGCUGAGCGAAUAUGUUUCAGCCUCUUCGUUAGGAUACUAUGGCGGUCAGCGU